UUUUGUUUUAUGUUUACAUAUGAGUGAAAUGCAACUGACAAGUAGCAAUUUUUAAAAUUUUUGUAUGACAAAAGCAAUGCUCAGUUGGUAGGAUCCAUGAGACAACAAAAAGAGAGAGAAGUACUUAUAGGUAUAUGUUGUAUGUUAUUAUUAUUAUUAAAAUCAACAGAAGCAAAGUUGAAUAGAGUUGAGAAUAUUGAAUACAUGUAGUUUUGUGAUCCUGCUCUUGAGCUUGAAUUUGUUUACUCCAGUACUCUUUUAAGUAAAAUUUACUUCAUUUAUUUAAGUUUAAAUAUAUCAUUAAUAUUGUGAGUGUAAAAUAUAUCUCUAUGAUAUUUGUAAAUAAAUAAAUGAGUAAACAAAUGAAUAAAUGAUUUUAUCAUCAACAGUUAAAUAGUUGAAUUAAAUAAAAAAAUCUAUAUUAAGAAGGGAAAAGUAAAAUUCGGUAUGAUUGUCAGUUUAACUAAAAAAUUAAACCGAUCGAAGUAUGACCUCCAAAAGUGUUGGUGUUCUCAUUCCCGUACAAAAUAAAUGUCACUUGAUGAUAAAUAAGUCGUGAGGCUUUUAUUAUUGGUAUUAUUUACACGCGUUAUUUAUUUACUAAAUCAACGAGACCAAAUACUACUCAUUAUAACUGGUUAAAAAACAAGGCCGUCAAUGUGCAUGUGUGUAACUAAAUAAUGUCUAUAGUAUAAUUUGUCAAGUAUUGUCAAUUUAAAUCAUUAUAAUUAUUCGCACAACUCAUGACGCAUAAUCAGAUUUUAUUAUAAUUUUUAUUACUAAAUAAAAGAUUGUUAUGAGCGGUGCUGUAUCUAUGUACGAUGGAUUGGAAUCAGAGGCACCACCCAAAAAUACUACUCUUAGUCCACCUGGUGGAGUUGGAGUUGAAAGUGGAGGUGGGGGUGGAGGUAAAGCUGGAGGAGGCGGAAUAACUAAAAAGUUGGCCAGAGGGAUUUCACGAGCUACUGAAAAUGCCGCAAUAGUAUCACAUGCUCGUUCACAAUUGACAUUUUUGGGUAUCGUUGACACACCAGAAUUCACAUUCUCACUACCAGAUUUAUCGAUAUAUCCUGAUUCAUUUAGACAAUUUUUGGAAAAAGACUUAAUCGAGGGAGGAUGUUUAACGUCAUUAGAAUCUGCAGGGAGAUUAAAUUGGUGGUGUGGUGGUGGUGGUAGAAACAGCAACAGUGGAAGAGUACUCUGGCCAUUAGCAACAACAGGGGAUGGAAAUUGUUUGCUCCAUGCAGCGUCAUUGGGAAUGUGGGGAUUUCAUGAUCGUCUGUUGACAUUACGGGAUGCUUUGCACAAUACCCUGUCGAAAGGUGAAUACAAAGAUCCAUUAUUUAGACGAUGGAAAUGGAGGCAAAUGGGUUUAAAUGCCGCUGCUGGGUUGGCCUACACAGAAACUGAAUGGUUGACUGAAUGGCAAAGCAUCGUGGAAAUGGCAUCUGCGAAUCCACGGUCACAGACCGCAACCUCUUAUCAAAGUCUUGAAGAGGUCCAUGUUCUUGCACUGGCGCAUGUUUUGCGCAGACCAAUAAUUGUAAUUGCUGAAACGAUGCUUCGUGACUGUGAAGGUAUGGCCUUGGCUCCAAUACCUUUUGGUGGAGUAUAUCUUCCACUAGAAGUUUCGCCAUCAAAGUGUCAUCGGACACCCCUGUUAUUGGCUUAUCACUCGGCUCAUUUCUCUCCAUUGGUAACUGUCGACUGUGGAAAUGAUUUUGUUGUACGAGGAGAAGGGCCGAGUAAUGACACCACCACGGGCGUCAGUAUACCACUUGUUGAUCCUGAUACUGGGCAAUUACUUCCUGUUUUAUUCGCUGUUGACCCUGGACCUGAUUGGGAUUGGAGUGCGUCUCAAGAUCUACUACUCUGUCAACAGGAUACUAUGGAAAUCCUUAUCAGAGAUUAUUUGGACUGUGAAUAUCAAACUCUUACUACUGAAGACUUAGAUAGACUGUCGGAUUCAGAUGGAUCUUUGACUGGUAAAAGUAAAGCCGCUAAACAACUACUAGGUGUUGCAAAACAGUUUGGCUCGAUUGGAAAAUCGAUGAGUAAAAAACUUUGGUCAUCGAUGGCAAAGAGACCAAAAAGUCCACCGAUUUCAGCUUUAAAUGGAUUAACUUGUGAAGGUGUUCUUUGUGUUAAACUCAAAAGUCGACGGCAUCAGUAUGUUGAUCAAAUGCUACAAAAUUAUCUUCAGUGUGCACAUUCGAGAUACUUAGAGAUCCAGAAAGAAGCCUCAGGGACUGAAAUAAAUUAUGGGGCUGGGAAAUCAAAAUUUUAUGCCGCAAGUGACAGCAACAGUCAUGCGAGCGUCAGUAAGCUACAACCAAAAAAUACGAAUAAAGACCGCACUCUGUAUUUAUCGAGAUCAACAUUUUACAAUAACAUAACAGCACCAGAGAGUAGAGAAUACAGUGAAUUUAAAAGUGGUACUGUCAGAGAAUGUCUUACAGAAGAUUGUUCGUUUUUUGGAUCACCUGAAACUGAGUACUACUGUUCAAAAUGUUGGGCGAAUAACAACAGUCAACGAUGAUCGGCCUUUUCAAAUUAAAAUAAUUCUAUACUCCUCAUGACAAUAACCAAAGUAUUUUUAUUUUUUCUUUUUAUUCAUCUUUUAUUUUUAUUCAUAUCGCUUAUGUUUAUCAAUCACUAUAACGAAUAACAACUACAAGAAUCAAGUAUGAUAUUCUCACGAAGAUAAUUAGACAAAUAGCCUGUAAAUUAAAUAAUUAUAGUCGUCAUAUCAUUAUGAUAAGAUUAUCAUAUUAAUCAAUAAUACAUAAUAGCAACGAAUAAAGUUGUGUGUUGCGUUUGAGCUUGAAUAUAUGGUAAAUUUAAUCAACAGUUAUGCAAAUAUAUAUAAACAAUAAUAUAUAUUUAUUAAUGUUGUAUAAUAUGCUAAAUUUAUUUUUAAAAAUUAAAGGAGCUCAGCGCAUGUAUGUUAAUACGGACAUAACCCACUGACAUAUUGAAUAACUCAGAGAUGAUUCUAUAUAUAUACAUAUACUUUUUUUAUUAUUCGUGAGUUAAAUGUUACGAAAUUUUCAAUUUCAGUUGCGAUGAAAAAUAUAUAUACACUCCCAUACAUAAUAUGAGAUAAUACACAUUAAUAUGUGCCUUGCCUCGUGUAAUUCUUUAAAUGAUGAUACUAAUAAUACUCAUUAUAUCAUACAAAUACAUCUAUAUAUAUAGAUAUACAUCUGACAAAACGUCCAUUCGGAUAAUUUAGUAGUGUGUGUUGAUUUACAUAAAUAUUUACUUAUUUAUUUAAAUAAAUUCUUCCUUCACUUGAUGUCAAUUAAUUUUUUUCAUUAUACUUUAUACCAUAUAUUAUUUGGAUUAAAUUCAAAUGUUAUAUAUUAACAGAUGACUUAUAUUAUUAUUAUUAAAAAGAAGGUAUUAUUUUAUAAAUUGUCUAAGUAAACUCAUCGAAAAAAUAAUAUCCCGGCGGAUUCGAAUUACGUUAAAUUCUCGUAAUUUACCUCAUUCUGUUGUAAUUUACCGCAAAAUACGUCAUUUCUGUGGCAAAUUUACCGUUUCUGCGGUAACUUACUUACUUUGCGGCAUUUUUAUGUUAAAUUUCCGGUUUACCGAAAAUUUACAGUAAAAAUGCCGCGCGCUUGCGGUAAUUAAGUAAACUUACCGUAAUUCAAAUCUGCUAGGGUAAAGUGUUCAAUAAAUUCUCGAUUGUACGCUGAAUGGCAUUAACAAUGAAUCUGAAAUUAUUAAUAUCAUUAUAAUUAUAUAAUCAUGUAAUCACACCAGUGUGUAAAUUAAUAAAAAUAAAGAUAUUUUUGUAAAUAAAUGUAUUAAU